AUGCCGGCCGAAGAGAGCGAGCCUCUUGCCUCGCCUACGCGCGAGGAAGAGGAGCCUACCGAGACAUCGCCGCUUCUCAACAGAGGCGAUGACGAGCAUCACAGUGACGAAAGCGAGCGCGAACAAAAUGGUCGACUCUCGAAUGAGCCUCAGUCGCGUGCAGCGUGGAGUCUCUGGUCAAUUUGCAACAAGAAGACCAGUACCAAGGCACCUUGGCGGUGGCCUUCCAUCAUCGCCAUGGCGCUCCUUGGUAUCAUUGUAAUACUCAUCAUAGUUCUGGGUUUCCUCGUCCCUCCUGCCGUCAAGGAGUACGCUGAAAAAGCUGCUGUUCUCGAACCUACCAAUCUAUCCAUUGAGAACAUCACAAGCGAUGGCAUCCGGGCGCGUAUUCGUGCAAACGUCUAUCUCGAUGGAUCGCGGGUCGACAACAAAAACUCCCGUCGUAUUGGAAAAGCAGUUACUGGAAUAAUGCGAAAACUUGAGACCAAGGAAACCACUGUCAACGUCUAUCUACCCGACUAUGCCGAUGCGCUUGCCGGCACUGCGGUUAUUCCUCCCCUAGUUGUCGAUGUAGUUAACGGACACACCAAUGAGCUGGACUUCGUGGCAGAUGUCAACCCUGGCGAUGCUGAGCACAUCCGCAAGCUUGCGAACGAUUGGUUAGAGGGGAACCUAAAACAAUUGAAAGUAGUGGGCAAAACCAAGGUUCACCUAAAGUCGGGCAUCAUCCCUCUUGGUGCUCACGAUGUGGCGGAAUCCAUGGUCUUUGAAGGUGAAGCUCUCUACCGCUCCUAUACUGCUCUAUUCUUAGGAAAGAAGACACUCUUUUAA